AAGUGAACAGAGGGAGGAAGACUACUCUUUCUGAAGCCAUUUCAUGCUGAAUUUGAAAGCUCAACUGAAGCCUCUCCGAUCGAUCGCCGGCAGCAAGACGACGGAGUGAUAUAGAGGGCGGAGUGGGGGGAUCUGGAUCUCGAGAUCCGAAAUGGCGGAUUCGAGCCUGGAGCUGCAGGAAUCGGGCUGGGAGGAGCUGCGGAAGGAGGCGAGAAAGAUCGAGGGCGAUCUCGACGUCAAGCUGUCUUCCUACGCUAAGCUCGGCACCCGUUACUCCCAAGGAGGUUAUGUUGAUACUGGAUCACCAACAGUUGCGUCACGAUCGUGGAAGUCAAUGGAAAUGGAGAUCCAAUCAUUGCUCGAGAAGCUAUUAGAUACAAAUGAUGCUAUGAGUAGGUGUGCUGCAUCAGCUGCUCCAGCCACUUCAGUAACCCAGAAGUUGGCGAGGCAUAGAGAUAUUCUUCAUGAGUUUACCCAGGAAUUUAGACGAAUCAAGGGAAACUUAAACUCAAUGAGGGAACAUGCGGAACUUCUUAGUUCAGUCAGGGAUGACAUAAGUGAGUACAAGGCAUCUGGGAGCAUGUCCCCAAGAAUGCAGUUACUGAGAGAGAGAGCUGCAAUUCAUGGCAGCAUUUCUCAUAUCGAUGAUGUGAUUAGUCAAGCACAGAGCACCAGGGCAGCCCUCGGCUCCCAAAGGACUUUAUUUGGAGAUGUCCAAGGGAAAGUUAAGCUUUUAAGUGAAAAAUUCCCCGUAAUUCGAGGUUUACUUGGUUCAAUUCGGAGGCGGCGAUCAAGGGACACACUUAUUCUCUCUGCUGUUAUAGCUGGUUGCACAUUGUUUCUCAUCAUUUACUGGCUAUCGAAAUGAUUAUUGAGAGUAAGUUAUAAAGUGAGAAAAUUCAGCAAGUGUAUUGUUUUCCUAUGAAUUUUGCCUCUGUAUCUCUUGAAAAUGUUCCUUGUUGGACUGCUGAUAAAUGCUGUCUCAUCUCAUUUAUCAAAAAGUUCUUCUUCAAUGCAAGUUCGUGCAACA